CAAGUCUUGGUUAUUAGACCAAAAAUAAUUUUUAUACUUGAAAAGCCCUUUUUGUGCAUAAAAGUGUUUAAAUUUGCACAAGGGUGAGUGAGUUUAGGGUUGACUUUGGGUUGAGACUGGAUCAAGCGGUUACCCAAUUGGAUAAACUUGGACCCAAAGUUUAAUUUGGGCCCAAGUGAAUAAAACACCGUUGGCCAGAAAGGGGUUCCGGUCAGGGAGAAACGCCCAUCGCCGGCGAGUGGAGGUGCACGACCGUCAGAAUCUGGGAGAGGGCGAAGUGCGCUACACGCAGAGCUGCAUCAAACCUCCUGGAGGUUCACCAUCGGACCUCGACAAUCUCUAUUUUUGUAGGUGUAAUGGGACUGGGAACUGUUCAUCUUCUUCCUCAACUGGGUUUGAACCCGAAAUUUGAAUUUCCCAAAAAUCGGACCAGACACUUGAGCAUAUCUCAAGUCCCUUCUUCUUCCUCUUCUUUGCAAGUUGUGUGUGGCUUGAGAAAUAGGGCGAGAACGCCCUUGUGGAAGUCAAGGUUGUUGUCCACUGAGGCCAUUCAAGCAGUUCAGUCUAUGAAACUAGCAGCGGUGACACCUGAUGCAUUGGACCGCGUUUUCAAGACCCGAGUGAGCAGACUGUUGAAACGUGAUCUGUUGGAUGCCUUGGCUGAGUUGCAGAGGCAAAACGAAGUCGAAUUAGCCGUCAAGGUCUUCAAUCAAGCUAGGAAAGAAGUCUGGUACACACCGGAUCUUUGUAUGUACAACGACAUGUUAAGGAUGUUGGGGAAGAACAAAGCGGUCGAAGCUGUGGAGAUGAUGUUUUGUGAACUGAGGAAAGACGGGUUAGAACCAGACACGCGGGCAUACACUGAGCUGAUGGGAGCUUACUUUAAGGUGGGUAUGGUAGAAAAGGGAAUAGAGACAUAUGAACUGUUGAAGGAAUCGGGUUGUGUACCUGAUAAGCUGGCAUUGGCAAUCAUGCUGAGGAACCUUAAAGACACCAAACAUGCAGACAUUGUCAAAAGAGUGAAGAAAGAUUGCCAACUUUACCUCGACGGCCCCGAGGAAUUUCUCCAAGAAGUCGAAAGAAAAUAUCCAAAGCGUAUGCCCCUUACCAUUGUGUGAAGAAGACUUGUGUACAUAGUUGGGGUUGGCUAUGGAGUAUCGUCACAUUUUCGGCUGUUUUUCAAUGUGUAAGAGAUGUGAGUUGUUGCUGCAUGAGAGAUAUAUAGCAUGGGAAAGGUUAUCCAAUUCAAGGCAUAAUAUGCCCUUUUCUCCAAUGGAAACUGCAACUAUGUUAUUAAUAAAUGUAUAGUUUUCAAAGAUGGAGUUGGGACUUUGAACAAAAUUUUGUAAGACAGAUAUGUUUGAGAGUUUCUACCAUGGUCAAGUGUUGUACUACCAAUUGAG